AUGGCGCCGGGGUAUGCACAGCGGUUCCAGCCGGUCAUCUUCAGUGAUGCCGGCUCGAAUCUGUACCCGCUGUGUGAUCUGCCGAAUGAUACGCUGCCAAAGGCGCUCCUACCCGUGCUUAACCGCCCGAUGAUUGCGUACCCGCUGCAAUGGCUCGUCACCGCCGGCUUCCGCUCGUGCCUGCUGGUAGCGCCCGUCGCCGAGCACUCGGCGCUUACGGCUGCACUACGCUCGUUGUACCUGGUACCGCCUGGUGGCGCGCGCGAGGUCGAGGCAGGCUCGGCACAGGCGGCAGCUGUCGCGGCGUCGGCGUCCACGGAAAGCAACGUGUGUGUGACGAUGGGCGGCGCGACAUGCGCGGUGCCUGUCGGCGUGAGCGGCCUCGUUGAGCCCAUGCCGGCAGCGCCGGUGAUGCACGUUGAGCUCGUGCCGAACGGCCCCAAGGCCGGCGAGGCCGUGCGCAGCCUGCGCCAGCCCUCGCAGAUGGUCGAGCGCACGCGCUGGGGCACCGCGCAGCUGCUCUACUGGCUCGCCGCCACGCGUCAGCUGGACCAGGACCCCCUCGUCGUGCCUGUGGACCUGAUCGCGCCGCACAUGCCGCUGUCCAACUUUUUGACGGCGCAUCUGAGUGCCGUCGGCGAUUCCCCCACCGUCUCGUGCCUGUUCUACGAGCGCGGCGCUGGCGAAGGUACCGGCAAGGAGCGCGAGCGCGAUGGGCCCGCGAAUCUGUUCACUGCAUACGAUCGCGUACCGCUCCGUCUGCACGAGGGCAUCCAGGUGUGGCCCGGCGGCGCCAAAGAUACCUUGAGUGUGCACGAGCCCCUGCUAGUCAUGGACUCGGACGAUGUCUCUGACAAGAACUCAUCCGACUUGGAGCUGCGCAUGAGCCUGCUGUGGAAGCACCCCUACCUGCGCAUAUCGACCUCGCUCCUGGACUCGCACGUGUAUGCGCUGCAUCUCGCGCCCCUGCUGCCCCUGCUCGAAGCGCAUCCCGAGCUGAACCACAUCACUGAGCAGCUCGUGCCGUUCAUCAUCAAGUGCGGCUGGCAGUCGCGUCUGAGCGCUAAGGCCGGCUGGCGCCUCGAUGCUGCGCGCAGCACCGACGGCGCCUUGCCGACGUGGACCAGCGUGGCGGAUAUGGACGCCCUGAGCCCGCCGUUCCAGCCCCGCUGUGAGAUGCUCGUAUCGCGGCUGCGCCCUGAGCCGCAGCGCCCGCGGCCGGCCGCGCAAGUUCUCGAGGCGGAGAAGCUCAGCGCAUCGACGGCGGACGAAGGGUUCGUCGCGCGCGCCAAUACCGUGCCGACGUUCCUGGAGUGCAACCGCUUCCUGCUCAAGCUCGCGAGCUCCCAGGCCAUGCAGGCCGGGCUCGCUGCGCCAUUCCCCAUGCCUGCGACCUUGGGGUGCGGCACGGUGCCGUUCGAGGCGACCAAGGAGGACGAGAGUCCCAUCCAUCCCCGUGCGCAGCUGUCUGCCGACUGCCUCGUUGGCACAGGCACGCAGAUCGACGAGCGUGCGACGAUUAAGCACUCGAUCCUUGGCCGCAACUGCGUGAUUGGCAAGGGUGCGCGGAUUAUGCGCUCGGUGCUUAUGGACGGCGUCGUUGUGGGCGACAAUGCCAAGCUGGAAAACUGCAUUGUCUCGUCGUCUGCCGAGAUCGGCGAACGCGCACAGCUCAAGGAGACCGAUGUCGGGCCCCGGUACCUCGUGCCGCCCAACACCGAGUCGAAAAAUGAAAAGCUCGUAGUGUACGGCGAGGACGAGCCUCCUGCUAUGUAG